AUGACCGUCAUCGCCGCAGGCGUCGAAGCGGCGAUCUCCGUGGCGGUGACCCCGCUGGUGGAGGUGGAGCUGGGAAGCCCGCUGGUGAUCCCCUGCACGGUCACCAGCUCCGUGGGCGAUGAGGUGGUCACCCAGUGGUUCAUCAUUUCACGAUCUUCGCGAACGAGGAUCUCGUACCGCGACGCGCGACUCUUCGUGGCGGACGUGGGCACCGGCUACGAGAGCCGCAUCGACGCUCGGCGCAGCGACUCCGCGCUGGCGCUGAGCGCGACGGAGACCGCUGACGAGCGCCACUUCGUCUGCCAGGCGCUGGCGGGGCGCGCCGGCGUGGCCGAAGCCACCGCAAGCGUGCGGGUCUUUUCGGCCCCCACGGUGGCCGUGGCUGCGAGCCAGUGGCCCAAGCUGCUCAACCAGCAGCAGCACAAGAUCGGUGAAUGUUUUGUGCGCAACGCUUACCCAGAGCCCCUCAUCACCUGGUACAAGGAUUCCCUGCCCCUGCGGCCAUCACCUGACGUGAAAGUGACGAGGAAGGUGGCGACGGAGUCCGAUGGCACCUUCGCCGUGACGUCCGUCCUGCACUACCAACUGCAGAGGCGGGACGUGGGAGCCGGGUAUCGCUGCGUGGUCAACUACACCAUGCCGGGCGGCCGGAGCGAGACCGUUGCCUCGGAGACGAUUCACGUGACGGUGCAUUAUCCACCCGGGAGGGUGUCCCUCAUCCUGGAGUCUCCACGCGUCGCCGUGACGGAGGGCGACACGGUCGUGUUGAGGUGCCGUGCUGAUGGAUUCCCCCCUCCCCAGGUCCACUUCUACCGGAGCUCCCCGACGUGGGUGGACUACGGCCACGCGGCCACAGCGGGGGGGGACACGCUCACCCUGCCCGCCGUCACCCGCGGCGGCCACAGCGGCACCUACGGCUGCCGCGUCCGCGGCGUCCGGGGACCUCUCAGCGCCAGCGUGGAGCUGCUGGUGAACUCCGCAUGGCGCCUCUCCAGCGUCGCGCUCAUCGUCUGUCUUCCUCGCCAGACGCGCACGACGUGA